AUGACUACAGGAUUGAAGACAAAAGAAUUGUAUUACAAGGAAAUAAUGAGUAAUUCCAUAAUUAUUUAUCAAAGAGGAUUCAUCAGUUUAAACAUUCCUUCCAGUGAUAUCAAAUCAGCAACAUUAGAAGUUAAUAAUAUUGAAAAGAAAACGGUUUAUCGCGCAGACUUGGGCGUUUCUGACAUUCUACACGAAGUUCAAUUAUCGCCUUGUCAGAAAUACAAAGUUAAACUAUUAUUUGUUUAUCUAUCAGGAGGCAAUUAUGAAGUGGAUAAAGACUUUGUGAUAGGUGACAAACCUACUACACCCUCUAUUGCAUACAACGAAUAUCCUUUGGUGGGAAACAAAGCAAACUUUACGUGUAUUUCCAAAGUACAACGUUGGCCAUCUGAUAAUUCUGAAAACCUGUCUUACAAGUUUUAUUGGAACGGAGAAAGUCGACAACCAAACACAAUUAUAAGGCGAUCAGAUACAGAAGCUUCGGUAACAUGUCAAGCGACUGAUGACAAAGGACAAAUUUCACCAUCCAGUGACAUUAUCAUUAUUGCUCCAUAUUGUAAACCUAAAAAUAUAAUAUUCCAACGAAGUAAAGUUGCUGUCAGACUUAACUUUAUUGAAGGAAUAACCAUGUUUGUUGUGUCCAAUCCUACACCUAAUGUGACGUGGAUCCAAAAUUCUCCAUACCCUUGGACUAUAAGCAGAGUAGGGGUUAAUCAUAACUAUUUUCUCCAAUCAAAAAUCAAGAUUUCAAAAUAUCCACUUAAGCGGCAGCUUGGUUUAUUAAUAUGUAAUAAAAUUGGAUGUGUGAAGAAAUAUGUCAAAACUGUACCAAAAGGAAAUCCUGAGAAAGUAAAAAACAUCAAUGUCGUCAAUAUAGCUCCAUAUUCAGCAUAUAUAUCAUGGUAUAGUGGCUUUGAUGGUGGUGCUCCACAGAAUUUUUCUGUCAUCUUAGAAUCUUCUACUGAUGGCAGUAGAACCAUUACAGUUCCAUCAGAAAAGAAAGACGAAGGAGAUUUGGUGUUAUUCAAAAUAAAUGGUUUGUCAUCUAACGCAUAUUACAACGGUCAUAUAGUUUCAUGCAAUAAAUAUGGCAAAACUGAAGUGGAAUUUGAGUUCGAAACUGAGAACGCUAAUAACGAUUUGUCUGAAAGGGAAACGAUUAUAUACCCACUGAUAAUAUGCGGAAUAAUUGGUAUUAUCGUUGUUUUUGUUAUAUUCAAAAACAAAGAAAAAUGUAAAGAUUCCAAGCGGAAAAUUCGUCAAACACGUAACAAAGAAACUACUAACACUUUACUUAUGUAUGAAAAUGCUUCUCAUAUACCCAGUACUAAAACAUCAGCAGACAGCAAUAAAAGUUGCAGCUACAGUGGAGAAUUGUACGAUGAUGAAAAAGAUGAUACACACGAAAAUGAUACAACACCAACAGACUGCGCUGCAAGUAGCAGUAAAGGGGAUAAUUUUUACGAAGAAAUGUAAAAGAAACGAUACUGCUGGUGAAUCAGACGCUUUAGGAAAAUAGUAAAAUUAACGUAAAUAAACUUCUACUAGUAUUAUCUUUAUUGUAAUUGCUGUUUGCAAUUACUUACAAACUAGAGAAACAACCUUACGUUAUUUGUUUUUCGUUUUGUAUUUGUAAUUAAAUUUAGGAUGUUA